CGAGGAAUGUAGCGCUAAGUAUCUUGAACGGUCCUGUAUUCGAAAGCAAUAUGGGCAUGUGAUACCUGCUGCAUGCUUCUCAUAACUACUGCUUUGAGGAUUGCUGGCAAGACCACUUUUGUUCUGUGAAGCUUUACAACGGUCGACCCACAAGUUGUUAGGAUAUUGCAAAGGAAGACCAGAUGGGGUCGAAUCUAAAUGGCUACAAAUAAGUUGUGUGAUGGAUACUAGCAUGCGGCAGUUUGACCAUGAGAACAUAAACAAAUUCAUUGGCUUAUGCAUUGAUGGCCCUAAUUAUUUAUCCAUAUGGAAGUUAAACAACAGAGGAACUCUGAAGGACGUCAUACAGUCGAAACUAACUACAAUCGAUGCUUUCUUCAAAUUUUGUUUAAUGCGUGACCUGUUACAUGGAAUUCAUGCCAUCCAUCGAAGCCCGUUCUUGGGUUACCACGGUCGACUCACGUCUUCCUGUUGUAUGGUAAAUGAACGUUGGCAAGUUCGAGUUGGUGACUAUGGACUUGCAAUGAUGGGAUUCUUCGAAGAGAAAUCUAAAAUGGAUCUUCUAUGGACAGCUCCUGAACUGCUACGCAGCAAUGAGAAUGGUAGUAAAGCUGGAGACAUUUACAGUUUUGCAAUAAUCUGUUCGGAAAUUGCUACCGGACAAACAGCGUGGAACGAUUUGGACGACGAAAAUACAUUGCAUCUGAUCCGUGAUUGUUGGGCUGAAAAUCCAGAUGACAGGCCAACGACAGAUGCCAUUAAACAAUUAAUGCUUGUUUAUUCUAGAAAACAAAACCUGAUGGAUCACGUUUUUGCGCUUAUGGAAAGCUAUGCAGCCAAUCUGAGGCGCGAAGUCGAGGAGAAAACCAAAGAAGCGAUUGAAGAGAAAAAACGGGCCGACUUGCUUUUAUACAAAAUUCUACCUCCACAAGUAGCUGACAAGUUAAAGAUGGGCCAGUCCGUUGAACCAGAAUCUUACGAUGAAGUUACGAUAUUUUUCUCCGAUGUUGUCCAAUUUACAAGUCUUUCCGAAAAAUGUACACCGUUGCAGGUAGUUACACUUCUGAACGACCUUUACACUAUGUUCGACAAUAUCAUCGACGAACACGACGUCUACAAAGUUGAAACCAUAGGCGACGGUUACUUAUGUGCUUCGGGAGUACCCCGACGUAAUGGGCAUGAGCAUGGCCGUGAAAUAGCGCACAUGGCCCUUUCAAUUUUAAGUAACCUCAAGAACUUUAGAAUACCACAUCUCCCAACAGAGAGAGUCAAUGUUCGAAUAGGAGUUCAUUCAGGUCCUUGUGUAGCCGGGGUUGUUGGACUGGCGAUGCCUCGAUAUUGCCUCUUCGGUGAUGCGGUUAAUACUGCUUCCAGAAUGGAGAGUAACGGGAAACGUUCGUAA